AUGUCGAUUGAAAUUGACCCUUUCCUUGAAGCUCUAAUUUAUUUCAAACAUAAUAAUAUUGAGAAAACAAUACAAAUUUGUACCAAAAUUUUAGAAAAAAAUCCAAAUGAUCAGACUGCUUGGGGAUUAAAGCUAAAUUGCUUAACAGAGCGAUUGUAUAUUGAUGAACUAGAAAAUGAUGUAUGUGGUAUAGCUGAAACAUUAUUAGACGAUAAUAUUUUGGCUUCCAAAGCAAGGCCUGGUACUUCCCUUAUUCGACCUAUGAGCAGUCUUGAGCAGAAAUCUCGACAAGCCAUAAGACCAAUCUCAAGCAAUGGACGACCGUUAAGUGGUAUGCUGAGAUCUGAAACUUAUGAUCGUUUAAAUACAGUUGAGCACACUUUGCGCAUCUCAAGAACUUCUAGAACUGCUCGUGCUGCUUCAUCUAACUCUACUAGAUUCAUUCGUUUAGGAACGGCAUCAAUGGUAUCACAACCUGAUGGACCUUUUGUAAAUCUGUCACGUCUUAAUAUUGACAAGUAUGCUAGUGAUCCAGCAAUAAAUAGAAGCCUCUUUGAAUAUGUUUUUUAUCAUGAAGGUGAUAUAAAUAUAGCAUAUCAGAUAGCAAUUAAAGCAACAAAAGCAGCUAAUUACAAAAAUUGGUACUGGAAGAAUCAACUCGGAAAAUGUUGCUAUCGUCUUGGCAUGUUUACUGAUGCACUCAAACAUUUUCACUCUUCACUGAAUAAUCAAAAAAUUAUUGAAACAUAUGCAUAUUUAGCAAAAAUUUAUUGUCGAAUUGAUCAACCUUUGAUGGCUAUUGACCAAUACAACUUUGGCUUGCAAGUAUUUCGGAAUGAUAUUACUUUGCUAACUGGCUUAGCUCGAGUUCAAGAGCAGCUUGGAGAUAUUGAAAAAAGUGUGGAAACUUAUAAAUUAGUAUUGGAGCAAGAUCCAAGCAAUAUCGAAGCAAUCGCUUGCAUUGCAACUAAUUACUUCUAUAAUGAUCAACCUGAAAUCGCCCUCCGUUAUUACAGACGUAUUUUACAAAUGGGUGUGAAUAGCGCUGAACUUUUCAUGAACCUUGGCCUGUGCUGUUUUUAUUGUCAACAAUUUGACUUAGCAACUUCCUGCAUUGAACGAGCGCAAGUCUCAGCUGACGAUGAAGUUGCAGCUGAUAUUUGGUACAAUACAGGAAAUAUAUUUUUGUCAUCAGGCGAUACCAAUAUGGCAUCACGUUGUUUUCGACUAGCAAUAGCUACAGACGUAAAUCACGUGGAAAGUAUUUGCAAUUUAGGCAUUCUUCAAAUGAGAGAUGGCAAAAUAGAGCAAAGUCGAUCACUAUUUCGUACAGCUAUUGAGAAAGGACCACAUCUGUUUGAGCCGUGUUACAAUCUUGCUUUACUUACUUAUCAAAUUGGUCAAUUUGAAGAAAGUCGUACAAUGGUACUAAAAGCUUUGCAACUUUUCCCUGAACACAUUCAAUCGAAAGCAAUUUUGGGACAUAUCGAGCAAAUGUCAAAUGCAAUAUGA